AUGAAGUGGUGGUGGGCGGGCGUGUACGGCGCCCUCAUGCAGAAGAAGCGGAGCGAGCGCGCGUCGGGGUCGCCCCUCCGGGCCCCGGCGCGGGACAGCGUGGCGCUCGUCGUCGGCUCCACCAGCCUCGCCGGCGCCGCGCUCCUCGACAUCCUCCCGCUCGAAGACACCCCGGGCGGGCCGUGGACGGUGCACGCGAUCUCCCGCCGCCCGCUCCCGGCGUGGUACGCGGCCGCGCAGCCGCCCAGCGUCACGCACGUCCACCUCGACCUCGCGGACGCCGACGCAGUCGCCGAGGCGCUCACGCCGCUCACUGACAUCACCCACGUCUUCUACUUCGCGUGGGCUUCGUCUCCGCCCCCGGCUCCGAGCGCCACUGACAUCGACAAGGAGCAGGCUGAGGUCGAGGAGCGCGCGGCCAACUGCGCCAUGCUCCGCAACGUCCUCUCCGUCGUCGUCCCCAACUGCCCCGUGCUCGCCCACAUCUGCAUCCAGACCAGCCGCAGGCACUUCGUCGACCCGUUCGAGCCCCUGAGCAGCAUGCCCAUCAAGCUCCGCCCCUUCUCCGAGGACCUUCCGCGCCUGACCUACCCUGACCUCGAGGACACCCUCCUCGACGGCCUCAACGAACGCAAGGGUUCCCCCGUCACCUGGUCCGUCCACCGCCCCGCCACCAUCUUCGGCUUCUCCCCUCGGAGCGCCAGGAACAUCGUCGCCAGCCUCUGCGUCUACGCCGCCAUCUGCCACGAGGAGCGCGUCAAGCUGCGUUGGCCAGGUUCUCGCGUCGUCUGGGAGGGAUUCAGCGACGCCUCCGACGCCGAGCUCGUCGCCGAGCAGGCGCUCUGGUCGGCGCUGGAGCCCAACGGCAAGAACGAGGCGUUCCACUGCACCAACGGGGACGUCUACACGUGGAAACUGCUGUGGCCGAUGCUGGCGUUCCAUUUCAACCUGGAGUGGACGGGGUACGAGGGGCAGGACCAGCGCUUCAAGCUCGAGGAGGCCAUGGCGGGGAAGGAGGAGGUGUGGGCGGAGAUCGUCAAAGAGCACGACCUCCUGGAGGCGGAUCUGGAGGAGAUCACCAACUGGAGGUUCGUCGACGCCGUGCUCAGCGAGGAGAAGGCGCACCUGGACACCAUGAACAAGAGCAAGGAGUAUGGAUUCCUCGGCUUCCGGAACACGGUGAGAUGCUUCAAUGCCUGGGUCGCCAAGCUGAAGAGUAGCUCCAUUGUCCCUAAUCUUGUCUGAUCUGAUGUGGUGAUGCCUCUCUUUUAGUUGUGGAUCGAUCUGUCAAUGGUAGUUAGUUUUGCCCUUGCUGUGCCUUCUGCUAGAAACACUGGGUUCGUGUUCAUCAUCAUGCGAUAUAUAUGCCUGUCUGGUGGUUGUCUUACGAAAUGCUAUUAGUGUUUGCCAACUACUCAAAUUUACGUGGAUUCAUUGAACGCCGUUUCGUUCCAUCGCCUGUUUGUAUUUGUUUCUAUCGAGGUACGGAAUUAACACAA